CAUCAGUCCGGAAGUGAGACGUUUAUUGACAAUAUGGCCACUAGACUUAGAAGGGGGAAAUUUCGGAUUUGACAGUCGAGUCCCCUCGGUUGCAAAAAAACCCAUUACCACCGUCUAAGAUCGAUACAUAUGAAUGAAGGGACUCACGAAUCCGCGGGAUGUUGUCAUUGAGCUGAGGAUACAUUCAGACCGUGAAAAAUGUCGUUUUUCAGGAGGAAAGCAAAAGGCAAGGAACCCGAGCGACCAAUUGAUGGUAAAAUCAAUCGAGUCCCUGCUCCGAUGGCCCCAACAAGCUCCCCCUCCCUGAGCCUUCGGAAUCACCAUGCCAUCCAGGAGGCGGCGGGGCCCAGUCAUGUGGCCAUCAACGCCAUCUCGGCUAACAUGGACUCCUUUGCCCGCGGGCGCACGGCCAUCCUCAAGAAACAGCCAGCCACAUGGAGGCUGAAACACUUCGGGGAUCUGGGACGUUCCAGUGUGAACUACUUGGCUUCUGAGACGCUUUCACGUUUGUCAAAGACGGUGGACCAGAUCCUGCGGGACAACGUGGCUAUGCCCUACUACAUGCAGUUCCAGGAGGCCCGUGGGGCUGACCACCUGGUCCGCUUCUGGCUGGAGGCGGAGAGCUUCCGUUCCACUAGCUGGUCUCGGGUUCGAACCCACAGCCUCAACUCCGUCAAGCUCAGCUCCCUGGCCGAGCCUGCCUCCACCCCGGUCUCCCCUGACCCAUCCACCCCCACCGAAAUGGACCUUCCCUCUGUCCCCAGGCCCGCUUCUGCCCGGCCCCUUACCCCCAGCCCCCAGGACACUAACAGUCACAGUAGUGAAGGUCCCACUGCACAGCUCGUCCACAGGGACUCCUUCAGCUCCUCCGCGGAUCAGAGGUCGGACACACCGACCAGGCAGCCUUCCUCCAGUACAGGGACCCCCUUCAAGCUGCAGUCCACCAACGCCCUCAAGGAGCUCUCCGACAAGCUCAUGAAAAGUAUAGAGAGAGAUGCAGUGAACAUCUUCACCAAGUACGUCUCUCCAGACGCUGCUAGACCUAUCCCCAUCACAGAGCAGAUCAGAAAUGACAUAGUCGCUAAAAUCUGUGGUGAGGAUGGAAUGGUGGACCCCAACUGCUUCGUCAAUGCACAGUCUGUCGUCUUCUCCAUCAUGGAACAACAGCACUUUAGUGAAUUCUUGCGCAGCCAUCAUUUCUGUAAGUACCAGAUUGAAGUGUUGACCAGUGGCUCAGUGUUUCUGGCAGACAUCUUGUUUUGUGAGUCAGCCCUCUUCUACUUCUCUGAGUACAUGGAGAAGGAGGAAGCUGUGAAUGUUCUGCAGUUCUGGUUGGCAGCAGACAACUUUCAGGACCAGCUUGCUGCCAAGGCUGGCCAGUAUGAUGGCCAGGAGGCCCAGAAUGAUGCCAUGAUCCUAUAUGACAAGUAUUUCUCACUCCAAGCCACCAACCCGCUGGGUUUCGAUGACUCUGUGCGAAUGGAGAUAGAGUCUAAUAUCUGUCGUGAGGGGGGGCCUUUACCAGACUGCUUCACCACUCCUCUCAGGCAGGCCUGGACCACCAUGGAGAAGGUCUACAUGCCUGGCUUUCUGUCCAGUAACCUUUACUACAAGUAUCUGAGUGACCUUAUCAACUCAGUUCGAGCGGAUGAGUUUGUGAUGGCCAGCGCUCCUGGUCAAGGCAUGUCCCCUGAUAGCGACCGUAGCACCAGUGCCACCGAUGGGACUCAAGCCCAGCAAGUAACCAAAAAGGCAGCAGCAGUGAAAAUCCUGAAAAACUUUGACGAGGCGAUAACAGUGGACAUAGCAAGUUUGGACCCAGAAUCCUUGUACCAACGCCCCUAUGCUGGAAGAAUGACGUUUGGGAAAGUGAAUGAACUGGGACAGUUCAUCAGGGAGGCUGAACCAGAGCCAGAUGUGAAGAAAUCCAAAGGUUCCAUGCUCUCUCUAGCCAUGAAGAAACUUGUACAAGGCAACUCUGAUGAGGCCCAAGAGGAGAUGGCCUGGAAGAUUGCUAAGAUGAUUGUCAAUGACGUUGUACACCAGGCACACCAUGACAGCCCAGGCAAAUCCACCAAGUUAUGACCUUGCAGUGGAUGACCAAAACAUUAUCACUAAAGAGACUGACUGACUGACUGACUGACUGAAGGACUGACUGACUGACUGAAGGACUGACUGACUGACUGAAACGUCACCUAUAUCCAGUGCUGAACUGUACACUGGAAGCACCUCAUUAUGGAAAGCAUCAAUGCAUAUAGAAGAACAAAGGCAUUCCAUGAUCUCCUCCAUCAAUGUGUACUGAUAUGUAUGUGUAUGUGGGCGAAUAUUUAGGCGCUUGAGAGAAAAACUUGAAGUAUAUCAUCUACCCUUCCAUCUCAUCAUUACACUAUGAAGGCAUCUCUAUGAACAAAAGAAGACAAUAAAGAAAAGUAAAUAAAGCGGUUGCUUAAAGAGCACCUGACUUCCUUCCUUCCAAAUGAAAUUCCUUAGGGAAGGAGUGAUGACAACUGGCAAACAAGGACACAAAAUGGAUCUGAGCAGUAGCUGUCAGAAAAAGCAGCACUUCGCAAUGCAACAGUGCUGCCUUGGUUCCCUGUGUUAGCAUGCUGGGGACCCAGCCUACAGGAAAGCCUCCUUCACUAAAAUGGCUAGGUGGUCCUGUCCUCUCCAUCUUCUGUCCUUACCCCACAAUGGUCUGCCUUUAUGCUCAUUCCCGUUGUUAUUUUAUCAAAUUUUAGACUGCAGUGCUACAUUUUAACUGCUGAAAGGCUUUGUACGGUUGUAUUUUUGUCGGGUGCGUAUCCUGCUUAUCAGUGGAGUUGGUGAUUGUGUUGUUGAAGAUGAUGAUGAUGAUGAUGGUUGGUUGAGUUGUCCUGCCCUUACUCACUGUACUGUAGAGAGAGAGAUGGCCAGACACAUUACAGUCAAACUGGAUUGGAACUUCUUGAUUUUCUGGUCUUGCCCAACCUCCUGUAGCACUGGCAACCCCUGUCCCCUUGUCCAUAUCAUUAGCAUAGCUGAAUGAAUGAAUACUCCGUAUUAUGGACUGAAGCAGGAGAAGUGCUAGUUGCAAUGAAAGAAUAACUCCAGGUCACUCCGAGUAAUGUAAUAAGUAUGUAGAGUUCUGGUUUACCCCAUAAAUGUACAUUAACAUUAGUUUUUUUUAUUGGUGAUUGUUCUUGUUUUCUUUUUUUUUUUAUGUACUGUCAAGCGAUGUAUAAACAAAUCUCAAUGAGGACUCUACUGUUCCAUUGGAAAGUGUACCCAGUGAAUAUAAUAUUAUUGUUAUUAUGACUUCGUUGGAACCUCAUUGAGAUGUGUACAGUAGAAAAACAACCCAAAAUACUUUUGGUACUAUGUACCAUAAUUUUCUUUUCUGACAUAUGUGUACUUAAUCUAUAAUAUAUUUAAAUUGUGUUUGAUUUAAAUACAUAUAUUAUUGAAAUGUU